AUGAAUUAUGUUAAAUUUGGGAAACAGUAGUCCAAGGUAGAGUAUAUUUGGACCAGUCCUGAGUCUUGCACUGACAGAAUCUUGCACCAAAGGAGCUGGAUAGUGUAAAUAAUGGACAGCUAAAGGCUUUGUGAGGUCAGAGAUACUGACAUCAAGGGACAAGGUCCUUCUUUGGGACAGAGGGCUCAUGACUCAAGUAUGCUAUAGUUAUCAAGUCUUGUUUUCUUCAAGAAAAAAAGUAGACAUAUGGAGGAAAAAUACAGGAAAUGGACAAAAGAACACUACACUGCUGAGGACAUCUGGAGGCUAAGAUUAAGUACAGCAAUAAAAUAGGAGAAACAUACUGACAAGAUGCCCCAAGAUAUUUGGAGAAGAGAGUUAAAUCACUUUUGGCCUUUUUGCUCUUUCUAUAAUUCUAAAUUUGGAGAAGGAAAAUUAUCUAGUGAAAGCCCAACAUUUUUGAACAGACCCUUAAAGAGGCUCUUAAAUUUCAAUGUAUCUCCAAAGAAUGAGUCAGAUACUAAAAAACAACCAUCCAAACUUAGGCACCCUCGAAAAUAUUUUUUUCAGUCGCCAAAGAUUGCAUUAUUACCAUGUCUUUCCCCGUGGAUUGCAUCAUUGCCCAAUCAACACAAGCAAUCCAAGUCUAGGCUGAUGAUAAACAGUCUUAAUUAUAAGUCCAGAUCUGCAUUGCUACCUCCCUCCAAUUCCUGGACAAUGACUGCAGGCUUACUACAUGUGGGCCCCUACACAAGAGCAGCAUCAUGUAUGUUCUCUGACCAGUGGACCAUGACUUCAUCCAUAAUAAACCCUAGAGCAGCACUACAUAUGUUCUCUGACCAUUGGACCAUGACUUCCUCCAUAAUAAACCCUUGUCAAAGAACUAUGGCUAAACUAUUAACCCAACCUAAAUCCUGCACUAUUGCAAAUAGAGUAUCUCAUUCUUACCACCAACCUAAUACUUCACCAUUAUUCUAUUCUGACCAUUUAUCCAAGGCCAUUCCGUUAUCCCUUCCUGAUCAUCGGAAAACAAUUUUGUCAUUACCCUAUCUCAAGAAAUCUGCUAAGGCUACAAAAGCACCAUUUUCCAGAAGCUGGGUUAAGCACACAGAUCCCAUUGUUUCAUUACCCAAUCUCAAGAAUCUGGCUAAACCUAUAAGGGCAUCAAUUCCCAAAAGUUGGAUGGAUCCAAUUGUGUCAUUACUCAAUCUCAAGAAUCCAGCUAAAGCUACAAAGACACCACUUCCCAUUGAAAAUGCAGCCCCAACAUUAUUACCUCCUUAUAGAAAGAAUAGAGUUUCUGUUCCACAUUUGCCACAGCUUGAACAUUAUAAAGAAACUCCAUUUUAUCAUGGAAAUCAGACAAAGCCUUUAUCCAACUGCUAUCAACUUCCUAAGACUCCACAAAACUCUGGCCACAAAGCUGAGCAUCAACCAAAACUCAUCCAUUGGUCCAUACCUCCAGUAUAUCCUAGCCAUAAAACUGAGGUUCUACUACAUUCUUUUUCCCAGGAAAGGACAAAGCCUGAAGUUUCACCAUGCCUUGUUAACAAGGCCAAAGCCACAGCUAUCCCAUUUCCAGGACCUAAUCACAAAGUCAGGGCUACAACUGUGUCUUCAUCAUGCCUUGGAAAUCAACGUAGGGUCCCCUAUGUAUCCUCAUCUUCUUGCUUUCAUCCUGAAAUAGAGUCUAACCCAAAUGUUGAAGCAGCAGCCGCAGAUAUACCAUCACUAGAAUCAUUUCCUUUCCAUCAAGAUACACUUCCAUCAGACCUUGACAAUAAGGACCAGUCUGCACAAAAAACUGAGCUUCCACCAAAUCUUGACCAUUGUAAUAAAUCUCCAAAAAGCCAUGACCAGGAGACACAGAAACUAUUAAACUUCAAAUACCCCAAAGAGGCUACUGUAGACACCAAUCACCAUAUUCAAGAGGUACAGCCUCCAUCAGGCUUAGUUUAUCUCAAACCAUAUGUUAUUAGAGGUGGGAAUAUACCUUUAAAAACUAUUAACAGCAUCAUCAAUUCUAUUCCUCCGGACAAAAUAAAAACUGAUUUACGUAAGCAGAUUCUCCUGAGGAGAAUGAGGGGAUAUCCUAAUCGGAGGCCUGGCCCACCCAUGUCAUCAAGUUAUGUGAUCUGCUUGAAAUGUGCCUCUUGGAUUCCAUUUGGUUGUAUUCAUCUUAAAGAAAAAAGAGACUCUUGUAGAGCAAUAUUAGUGGUCACACCAACACCUAUAUCUGGUCCUGAGCCAGAGAUGGGCAUUAGAUUUAUUUUCAAAAUUCCAAAACAAAAAAGUUAUCAUUGUGAGGAUCAAAGUAAUUCCUUUUAACCAUUUUGUCAUAUAAGCAUAUUCCUUCCUAGUGUCAAUAAUGGAAAAUGGAGAGCUCAAGUCACUGAGGAUACUCAUAUUCAAUAAAAAGAAGCAAAACAAAGGUCUCUUCCCUAGUCUAAUCAUCGUGCAAGUUCCUCUAAUGAGAAAACUAUGAUCCCCAUGUUAAAAAUGGAAAAACAAUGAAUAGGUUUCUAUUUUGCCUCUAAUACUUUUCAUUACUUUGUCAUCUUCCCAUUCAGAGUAAAACAUCCUUGAGUCAUUCUUGUAUUUAUUAACCACCUUCUGACUUGAAGAUUGGUAAAUAAUUUUACCCAUGGAAAAUAUAACAGCUACUUGGAGAAAAAAUACCUGAAAAUCAAGAGUCAUUUGCAGGAAAAAUAUCUGCAAAUAACAAUACUUCGACCAGAGAAAAACAACCAAGUGAACACUUGGAAAUCUUUCUUAAAAGAUGCCUAGAAUUAAAAAAGAAAAUCUAGUGAUUAGUGACU